CAUUGAGUGUCUUGAGCAACCCAAGCGCGAGUCUCCAGGCGGCAAGGCGCCCUUUGAUCAGGAAAAUCCAAUUAUUUGUGUAUAUACAUUUCCCACAUAGUGAUUACUUCAUUAAUUGUCCCGCCUUUAUCUCCUCCCUUCCCAUCCCCCCUAAUAAUCAGUUCUUUUAUCCAGACCAACAAACACACCAUAGGAGCCUUGUGGAUUCAAAGGAUUUGCUUUCGCUUCUGAAAGAGCCGCUAUUCUUUGAUGAUUGGGUAGCGGCAAACUUCAAAGCCAUAAAUCUUUCCUCUGACUGGCUGGCGGCCCAGCAAAGCCCUUAUCAAAUUCUUGGAGGUGAUCCUGAAGCGCUCAGACCGCGCGCGGGGCGAGCGAGCGGGGCGCGGGCGGGAAGGACCUGGAGGCACGCUGGGCGGCCGUUCGUCCUCGCCUUCGGGUGUCCAUGCCUCGGUGGCAGAGUCCCGCUCAGCGACGAGCGGCCUACGAGCUGUAGCCAUGGCCGCUGUGGCGGUGCUCCGGAACGACUCUCUACAGGCCUUCCUCCAGGACCGCACCCCCAGCGCCUCCCCGGAUCUGGGCAAACACUCGCCCCUGGCACUGCUGGCCGCCACCUGUAGCCGCAUCGGCCAGCCGGGCGCGGCGGCGGCGCCGGACUUCCUGCAGGUGCCCUACGACCCAGCGCUGGGAUCGCCCUCCAGGCUUUUCCACCCGUGGACAGCCGACAUGCCCGCGCACUCGCCCGGCGCACUGCCACCUCCGCACCCCAGCCUGGGUCUGACGCCGCAGAAAGCACACCUGCAGCCGUCCUUCGGGGCUGCGCACGAGCUCCCGCUCACGCCCCCAGCGGAUCCCUCGUAUCCCUACGAGUUCUCGCCUGUCAAGAUGUUGCCCUCGAGCAUGGCGGCUCUGCCCGCCAGCUGCGCGCCCGCCUACGUGCCCUACGCCGCGCAGGCCGCUCUGCCCCCGGGCUACUCCAACCUGCUGUCCCCGCCACCACCUCCGCCUCCACCGCCCACCUGCCGCCAACUCUCCCCGACCCCGGCCCCAGACGACCUCCCCUGGUGGAGCAUCCCGCAGUCAGGCGCCGCGCCAGGGGGUUCCGGGGUUCCGGGGUCCAGCCUCUCCAGCUCCUGUGCCGGGGGCCCCCAUGUUCCCCGCUUCCCCGCCUCCGCGGCCGCUGCUGCAGCAGCUGCCGCUGCACUGCAACGCGGCCUGGUAUUGGGCCCGUCGGACUUUGCACAGUACCAGAGUCAGAUCGCCGCGCUGCUGCAGACCAAGGCCCCCCUGGCGGCCACGGCCAGGAGGUGCCGCCGCUGCCGCUGCCCCAACUGCCAGGCGGCGGGCGGCGCCCCUGAGGCGGAGCCGGGCAAGAAGAAGCAACACGUGUGCCACGUGCCCGGCUGCGGCAAGGUGUAUGGCAAGACGUCGCAUCUGAAGGCGCACCUGCGCUGGCACACGGGCGAGCGGCCCUUCGUGUGCAACUGGCUCUUCUGCGGCAAGAGUUUCACGCGCUCGGACGAGCUGCAGCGGCACCUGCGGACUCACACGGGCGAGAAGCGCUUCGCCUGUCCCGAGUGUGGCAAGCGCUUCAUGCGCAGCGACCACCUCGCCAAGCACGUCAAAACACACCAAAAUAAGAAGCUCAAAGUGGCUGAGGCCGGAGUUAAGCGGGAGAACCCACGGGACCUAUGAGCGCACCCGGCACUCGCGCCUAAGACCUUCCCAGCACCUCAGCGGAUGGCCGGGGAACCUGCCACCGAGGCAGCUGGCAGGCAGGAAACUUGAUAGACGAACUUCCUAUGUCCUAUUUCAAAGUGAAGCCAGGCUGCCCGGCCCUAAAACAGAGGGAGGGGUAGGGGAGACAAAGCUGGGAACUGGGUCGCGGUGGAGAGCCCCAGGUUACCCCAACCAGAAUGGUUCCAAAGUCCCAGCCAAGGCCACCACCUGCCUGGUGGACCUACAGUUCUGCGAUUCCACCCUGGCUGAUCUUGCUUGUAGGAGUAGGCGCUGAACGAACGCAGGACCUUGGAAGAUUUAAAACAGGACUCCGGUUUUCGCUAGGCCCGGUUUUGGGCUUUGUACAGGUUAUUUAAAAAUAGCUUUGUUCAAGAGUAAUUAUAAUUAUAACAUUAAUAAGUAUUUCUGUUGUCCUCAGCUCCACGCAGAGCUACAGCAUGGUAUGUCUCUGUAAAGCGAUCAGCAGUUGCAGCGUGAAAAUAAAUACGUUAAUUUCAGGGUCACCUCAGGAAGACCCGGUAGAGUUGGUCUCAUCUGAUCUUUCCUUCUUCCUGGAGUCUUCACAGAGCCAUCAGGUUUUGCCAGGGAUCUGAUGAUUCUUGUGUUACAGGCGUCUUUGGUUUGUCAAGUUCUGGGCAAGUGACCUGUAUGCAUGGGUAGGGGUUGAGCAGUCAGUGUUCUGAUUAAAGAGGUGAGCGCAAGCUCUCCCAGUUCCAGCUUGGGCUUCUUUCCAUGUUACUUAAGACUUCACCAUGGGCCUGCAUGUCUGUUGCACAAAGAAGGCAAAUUCCCUGUGCUUCACAUUUGUUGUACUCUCAAGACAGGUCAAGGGGAAGGGCUUUGUCCUCAGAGCCCGCUCCAAGUGAGAUUUUAGAGAGUUAAACCCAAAUUGGCAGCUCUUAGGUAGUCUUGGUUGAAAAUCAAGAUCACUUCCGGGUGUGUCAGCCUGGCCAUAGACGUUUGUUAAUCUUAACAAGUCUUGUUUUCACCUUAACCACCAGGAGGUUUAAUUCAUCUUGUAGCUUGGAUUUUUUUUUUUUUUUUAAAGAAAAUUAUUGGAGUAGAUUUUCUCAGGGAGGAACCAGGAGCACCGAUAGCCUGGAGAUAUGGAAACAGCCCUUUUAUUUAAAAAAAAGACAAGACAAAACAAAACAAAAAAAUAGACGUCUCGCCUUUCUCUAACAUUUAAUGUUUACAGGACUUUUUUCAGGUGUUUCAACUUCUUGGUGUUUUGUAAUAUUUGAGUAUUCAAACCCGAAACUUAAACCUCGAUGAUCAGUUAAACCUUUUCAUUUAGAUCCUGAAAAAAA